UUUCAGUUCUUUGAUUUCAGUGAUUCAAAGAGACCAAGUUAAAAGAGAAGAAAAAACGAGCUUGAGAAUCAUCAAUGGCGAGGUGUUCGUGUGUGUUGGAUGGAUUUUGAGAAGGAGGUGGGUUUGAGAUGGAGGCGGAGUUGUGAGUUAAGGGAUUUGGAUCAUGGAAUUGCGUUUCUUGAGCUGCGUUAAUGGCGGGUUUGUGAGAAAACAAUUUGGUUUUUUUGUAAGUUUUGAGCUGAGAAUGGAUUAUUAGAAGUUGGGGUUUGGUGAAUUAUUUCUUGAGAUUUGGAUUGUGAUCUUUGUCCCUUGUCGAGGGAUCGCAAUCUCAUAUUCAGCUCCAAAUCCAGCCUCCAGAUGAGUUCCGGGCCUCCCGGCGAACUCCUCCGGUACCGGUCGGCACCAAGCUCGAGCCUUGGCGAGGUAUGCGAUGACUUUCAUGCUGCCGACCACGCCUCCAGCCCUGAAUCCAUGCUUGCCCGCUUCCUCUCUGAUUUGCACACUCCUCUGCCUACUUCCCCUGCGCCGCUUCCCACUUGCCGUCCGAUGGAGCACGUUGGCACCCUCGAGCCCUGCUCCAAUCUUGCCAGACACAGUAGCUCUCCAGCGGAGUUCUUCUCUCACUCAAACGUAGACAAUGGUUUUGGUGUGAUGAGAAGCAUUGGUGGUGUUAGAAAUGGGAAUGACACCAUGGGUGAAGCUGGAUUGCAGCAAAGCAGGAUAAAUCAGCAGAUAAGCUUCUCGUCGAGGCAAAGUUCUAUAAUGUCUCAGAUAUCAGAAAUCGGGAGCGAAUGCCGGGCCGGUGGCAGCCCUGAGGAGAGUAACUUAAGAAGCAGCAAUGGGAAUGCUGGCUGUUAUAUCUCCGGGCAUUCCCCUGGUUCUUUCGAUGAAUCUUCAAUGCUGUCCAAUAACUUCUUGGCUUUCAAGAGAGAUUUAAAGCAAGCAGAGCCUCAGAGCCGUGGUCUGACACAUCAAUUUAGUUUGCCAAAGACUUCAUCAGAAAUGGCUGCCAUAGAAAAAUUGUUACAAUUCCAAGGUUCGGUUCCAUUUAAGGUUCGAGCUAAGAGAGGGUGCGCUACUCACCCUCGAAGUAUUGCAGAGAGGGUAAGGAGAACUCGGAUUAGUGAAAGGAUGAGAAAGUUACAAGUGCUGGUUCCUAACAUGGAGAAGCAAACCAACACUGCAGAGAUGCUAGAUUUUGCAGUUGAAUACAUAAAGAAUCUUCAGAAACAGGUCAAGAUGCUAUUGGAUAAUCAAUCCUGCUGCACCUGUGCUUCAAUCAAACAAAAAUCUCAUCCAAAUCAAUCGGCUUAAACUUCUGUGAUGCAUGGAGGCCCCUGUUGAAGGUAUAAUAAACCAAAAGAUUGUCAAUGAUAGCAAUGUUAGAAUUUAUGGAAGUUCUCAGCUCCAAUACAUAACUGCAGAAAUAAAUAGUGUCACUGUUUGUAAUUUUACUGAAAUUGAAUAGAAAGUGAGAAGAUCGGCCCAACCGUAUCGAAUAACUCUUAUUGGGUGCUUGCCAAUCAGAAUCUGUGACGAUAUAGAUGAGAGAUUCUCAAUCUUCAGUAAAGGAUGAGAGAAAAAGAGAGUGGUGAUGGAGACUCUUGUGUAAUUUGAGAUAUUGUAGUGUAUGUAUACCUUUCAAUCUUUGCCAUUUUUGUGACCACUGUGAAAAGUUCAAUAGAGAUACUGCACUGGAUUUGAUAAGAAUUGGUCCCCAGUUUCCCACUUUGAAUGGACUGCACUACAACAGGCAUCUUCUUCUCCAUUGAUGAAGUUAUUCUCAGAUAAAUAAUAGUAUAAAGCCGAUGAGAUAAAUAACAAUCGGUUAAAAUGAGCUUAUCUGACAUGAUCUCAAUUUGAUCUUGUAUUUCUAAGUUAUUUAGUUCUUUGUGAGUUCAUGCUAUAAAGCUGUUUUAGGUUGCUUAUCGCAUUCUAAU